AUGACUGUUUCAAAAUGUAUGAGGCCAAAUUUGUUUUCACUAAAAUUGACAUUGUAUUUUUGUGUUUUAGAAUCAGGUGCUGUUUUCACAUUUGGAAAAAGCAAAUUUGCAGAAGAUAUUCCUAGCAAGUUCUGGUUCAAAAAUGACAAGCCUGUACAUAUAUCAUGUGGAGAUGAACAUACAGCUAUUGUUACAGGGAAUGGUAAACUAUACAUGUUUGGCAGUAACAACUGGGGCCAAUUAGGACUGGGAUCAAAGAACACUGUCAGCAGACCAACAUGUGUUAAAGCUUUAAAACCAGAAAAAACAAAACUUGCUGUUUGUGGAAGAAACCACACUUUAGUUUACACAGAAAAAGGAAAUGUGUAUGCUGCUGGAGGAAACAGUGAAGGUCAGUUGGGAUUAGGUGACACAGAAGAAAGGACCACAUUUCAUUUAAUUAGUUUUUUUACCAACCAGCACAAGAUUAAACAGCUCGCAGCUGGAUCAUACACCUCAGCAGCAGUAACUGAGGAUGGGCAGCUUUUUGUGUGGGGCGACAAUUCGGAAGGUCAGAUUGGUUUGGCUGAUGAAGCCUGUGUCAGCGUCCCUUGCCAAGUGGAUGUUGGAAAACCUGUUUCCUCUGUAUCCUGUGGAUAUUAUCACUCUGCCUUGAUAACAGGAGAUGGUGAGCUCUAUACUUUUGGAGAACCUGAGAAUGGGAAACUGGGAUUAUUGCCUGAACAGCUGAAGAACAAUAGAGUCCCACAGCCUGUACUGGGAAUUAUGGAAAAGGUUAAUAAGGUUGCUUGUGGUGGAGAACACACAGUGGUGCUGACAGAGACAGAUGUAUAUACUUUUGGACUUGGACAAUAUGGGCAGCUGGGACAUGGUACUUUCAUUUUUGAAUCUUCAGUACCAAAGUCUGUGAAACACUUGAAGAAGCAUAAAAUACGUAACAUUACAUGUGGGGAAAACCAUACUGCUGUAAUUGCAGAGAAUGGCCUCAUGUUUACUUUUGGAGAUGGGCGACAUGGCAAGUUAGGACUUGGAGAAGAGAAUUUUACAAAUCAGUUUGAUCCCACUCUGUGUUAUAAUUUCUUGAGGUUCACAGUCCUUUUGGUUGCUUGUGGUGGCUGUCACAUGCUAGUUUUUGCUGCUCCAAGACCUAAAGGAUCUGAUGAAAUACCCUUACAAGAUGUAUAUGAGAGCCGUUUGACUGCUACUAUCUCUAAAAUGAGUGGAGACUCCCUACUAACAAACACCUUACAACUAACAUCAGCGCGAAUUCGACGUCGAGAGAGGGAAAAGUCACCAGAACAGUUUAUUCGAAUGGCACGAACUCUGCCUCCACUGGGAGAAGGCUUCUUAAAAUCUUCACUGCCUGUGACUAGUAACACUAGCCCACUCUGUUUUUCUGCAACAAGUAUUCCUAAAGCUGAACCUGUGAAGCAUAGAGACCAUGAAAAAGAAAAGAAUCAUCAAAAAGAUAAACCUGGUGAAGGCUCUGCAGGAGAAGAUUCAGAUAAUGAAAAUAAUGACAGGAACCUUGGAGAUACAACUGACAUCCUAAAUAUGACACAUGCAGUGAAAUUGAACCCCAGUGACCAGUCCUUAAAAUUAUCACCACUCCAAAAACAAAAGAAGAACAAUAAAAAUGUGAAACUGAAAAGAGAUGGUAAGGGUGGGCUGAAAAACAAGGAUUCUGAUUUCAUGAAGGAGGGCCCAAAAUUAGACUCCGGCUCUUUACAAAAGCAGUCUUCACUUUCAGAAUCACCUGGACAAGAUUUAGAAAAAUGUACUGCCUUUGUAGGGAAGCAUGUGGCCAAAAAAAAUGCAAUUAAAGGUAAAUCUGAGCAUGCACAAAGUGUUAGUACUUUGAAAAGUGGUGUUCAAAUAAUUACUAGGGACAAAUGCAGAUUAUUGAAAAAGGAAAAAGAAUAUGUGGAAAAUCCCGAAUUUGUCAGAGAGGAAGUAACUUAUAAUCUUCCCACUGAAAAACAAAUUCUGACUGAAAAAACAAAUUCUUCCAAUAAAAAGUCAAAACCUGCUAAAUCUAAGCAAUCCCUUAAAAUAGAUGUACUUCCUUCUGCAUCCGGGGAUCAGCCCCGGACUGAUUCAUUUGUUGUACAAAAACACAGCCCUGUUAAAAAGCAAGGAAGUCAAGAAGCGGUAGAAAGUCAAAACGAAAUAAAGGAUGUUGUUGAAAAAUCUGAUAAAUGUGAAAGAAUAUGCGUCAGAGGAAAAGAAAGUAAUGAAAAGCAGAGGAGUUUUAAAAAAAAGGAUCAUUUCUUAAAACAAAUAGCUGUAACUAUGUCAUCAUCUUCAUCUGAGGAAAGUAGCAAUGAUCUUGCAAAAUACGUACAUAGGAGUGGGGAAAAAGAAGAGGUCGACUAUGAAGACAGAGGGAUCCAGAAGGCAAUGAAAAUAGUAGAAAAUGUGAAGGAUUUGGAAAUAGAAAAAGAAGAUGGUUUGAUUGAGGACAUGCAAACUUCAAACAAUGAGAAAGAAAAUGUAGAAAAGACUGAUAUAAAAAGUCUGAAUGAGGAAGAAAUAAUCUCUGAGGCUAAAUGCAAUGAAGACAGGCAGUUAGAGAUUGAGAAUGAGGAGGAAUCGAAUCAAGAGCAGGAGAGUGAAGGCAGUGAAAAGGGUGAAAGUGAAAAAGAAAAACUAGAUGAAACAGUUGACAGUGACGGUGAACUAGGGGAGGAAGAAGAGAGUGAGGUUAAAAAAAAUAGAGAUGAAGUUUCAGUAGAAAGACAUGAAGAUGAAGAGGAAAAAGGUAAUGAAGAAAAUGAGAGAGAGGAAUCACAGGCUGAAAGAGACAGUGAGAAUGAGGGUGCAGAAGGUGUUGAAGAGAAUAAUCAGGAACAUGGCAAAGAGCAAGGAGGUGAGGAAGGCAGGUUGACGGAGGAAGAUGAAAUGCUGAGUGAGGGAGAAAGCGAGGAUAUGGAGGAGGAGGAGUAUGCAAGAGAGGAAGACACUGAAAAACAAAAGGAGGAGCAGGUUAAAAGUGAGGGAAGAGAUGAGGGUGAGGAAGGAGGUAAAGAUAGAGAGGGGGAGGAAGAAAAAGAGGCAGAGGCAGAAGAGGAAGGAGAAGAUGAAAAUGAAGAAGAAAACAAAGAAAGGGAGAAUGAAAAAGACAAAGAGGAAGAAGAAGCAGAAGAAAAAGAAGAAGCCGAAGGAGAAGAAGCAGCAGGAGGAGGGGAAGGAACAGAGAAAGAGGAGGAAAUAGAGGAAAAAUAUGAAAAAGAGAAACAUAGUAAAACACCUGAGGGAGAGAAAAGCAGUAAUAGCACAGUGGAAACUGUAGAGAGAGAAGAGAGUACUCAGAAAGAGACCAUCAUUCAGCAGGAGAAAGAAAGCACUGACAAUCACACUGUGAACAAUUCUUCAGAGAACACUGAUGACCAAAUAACCGGAGGAAUCAUUGGGAGAAGAAAGUUUUCCCUGUUUAAGCGAAAGCCACCGACAGGCCAGAAGAAUGUAUGUAGUGGAGAGGAAGAUAGAUCUGGAAAGCCAUUACAGAGUGAACAAGAAAAAGAAAAGGAAGAUUUAUCUGAAGACAGUAAAGAUGAAAACCAGAAUCAUACAUUGGAGAACUCCAGGGAAACUGUGACUAACCAGGACAGAAGGAUGAAAUCUUCUACUUGUAUAUUACUCUAACACUGUUGUAGUAUGUAAAGAAUGUGACAGUCGUAAAGCACACAGUGCAAUUUUUACUUGAAAACAGUUAUGACUCACUAGAGACGUUGAUGGUUGCUUUUUUGAUUGAUUUGAUUGCUGUGAUUUUAAACAUGCAGACCAUUUUUUGGAUAUUUAUUGGUAAUUUUCAUAGUUGCAAUUGAUAGGCUUAUCAGCAUCUUGCUGGAGUUCUGUGGCCUUAACUGUUAGUGUUGUAAAACAAAAUAUAUUUUUUUAUGUGAAAAGUUGAAUACAGGCAUUUCAUGGGUUUUGCUAAAUAAUUUUGUUCUGUUUCAGUCUACGGAGUACCAUUUUCAUAUGAUACGCUUGCAAAAUUAUAAUAUUUGAUGUACAUUAUCAUUUGGUUUAACAUACUAGGUAGGAAUAUUGAGGUUCACAUUUUGAAGAGGGCACUCAGUUACUUAGAAAUACAUAUACCUUUUUCUGUCUUGACUUAGAAAAAAUAUCAGUAAAACUUUCAAGUUAACAUGCAGGCCAUUAUUGAGGCUGUUACUUAAGUAUGUGCCUAAUAUCAUAUAUGGCAGUAGUUCCAUUUGAAAUGGUACCUGAGAGCAGUGUAAGUAUAUAUGUAAGUAUCCUGCCAAACUGGGACUUGGAGAAACCUUUCUUUUCUGAGAGAUGCUGAACACCUUCACUCCUGCUGAUGUCAGUGUGAGCUGGUGGGACUCUCUCCUCACAGAUUCAGGCCCGAUAAAAACUGGACAUCCUCACCGUUGCUUCAGUGAGUCUCUAGUGAAGCUUUUCUUACAGGAAAAUAAUGUAACCACAGUUACUACGGAAUAGUAUAGCAAACAGAUCAUUAUGGGCUAAAUAUUCAUGUUUUUCUCAGGCAACCUGGCUUUUCUUCAGAUGGAGACUGAGCAGCAGGCGUAAUGAACCCCAUUACUGGUGUGGAUGAGAAGAAUGUUUGUUCUUUUAACUAGUCCGAAAAGCAGAAGUGACAAACUGACUAUUCUAAUUACCAGCGUUCCCUCUAAAUGAAAUUUGAUUUUUGAAAAUUGAGUCCAGGUGAAUAAGAAAUAUAACCCUUAUGUAAUGAACCUGAUCCAGGGUCUGUGUUUAUCCCUUACUAAAAUAUGCUUAGGUUUUUACAAAUAUACACAAGCUCUAGCACAAAUACAAAAUAAAGAAUUAUUUCUAAACUGA